AUGGAAGCUACAAAACCCAAGAUAAAAGUGCUGAAAAAGCGGCGCUCCAGUCUUUUUGCCAGCGUCAAACGAGAUGUAAGCUUUUCUAAUAGCACUGAAGAGCAGGAGAGUGAAUUUCCCUUCGCACAGGACAGCUCUGUUAAAGCAUGGACGUCCAUGGACAAUCUGGACCAGGCGGCUGUCUCCGAAAAGCGCAUAGAGGAAGUUGAAAGGGGAAACAAGGAAUCACUAAACCAAAGGCAUUCAAAUAUUGUCAACCUUAAUGUAGGAGGCAAAGUUUUUCAUAUCCCCAAGCAUUUGGUUCUUCGAUAUCCUAAGACGAGGAUUGGGAUCCUCGCCCUCUGCACAGAUCCGGUCAAGCGGCUCACGCUCUGUGAUGACUACAAUGUUAAGAACAAUGAGUUUUUUUUCGACAAGGACCCUAUGUUCUUCCACUACAUCUUCCACUUCUACUGUAGCAAUGUCAUGUGGGUGAUGGAGAGCCUCUGCCCCAUCAAUUUUGAAGAAGAGAUGGAAUUCUGGGGCCUUAAAAUGAAGGACACCCCAAGGUGCUGCCGCAUUCUGUUUGAGGAGAAGGUGGAUGAUAUCAAAGACCAACUGAAGGUUAACCAGGAGCUGAUUAAUGAGAUUAAGCCACACCAGGAUGAGGAGGGCUACAAGUCCAUGUUCCUUGGACGAUACCGGAAGUCCCUCUGGGACUUAAUGGAGAACCCCUACUCAUCACUGUCAGCUAAAGCCUUUGCUGUGUUUUCAAGCCUCUUUGUCCUCAUCUCCAUUGUGGCCAUGACCCUGAAUACAGUAAAUGAGCUCAGGGUGUACAAGCUCUAUGGCAAAACAUACAUGGAGUGGGUGGAGAUCUUCUCCAUCCUGUUCUUUACCAUGGAGUACUUCCUGCGCUUACUCACCACUGCCAACAUCAAACACUUUGUGAAGAGUGCCCUCAACUUUGUUGACCUGGUGGCCGUUAUGCCUUAUUUCCUCCAGAUCAUUUUUGAAUUGUUUUAUGUUGAUGCUGGAGACCUCAAUGCUAAAGAAGACCUGAAAACCAUGACUAGGGUUAGCAAAGUAAGUAAGGUGCUCAAGGUAGUCAAGCUGAUGCGCAUCUUCCGUAUCCUCAAGUUGGCUCGACACUCCACUGGCAUGAGGGCAUUCGGUUUCACUAUCCGUCAGUGCUCUGAGCAGGUGUGCUGCCUGUUUCUGUUCAUUGCCAUGGGCAUCUUCACCUUCUCUGCACUGAUGCACUCGGUGGAGGUGUAUGAGCCCGGCACACCAUUCAGCAGCAUCCCAGAUGCAUGGUGGUGGGCUGCGGUGAGCAUCUCCACUGUAGGCUACGGAGACGUGGUCCCCAUCUCUUAUCUUGGCCGCUGCGUGGCCUUCGGCUGCAUCUCCUUUGGCAUCAUCCUCAACGGUAUGCCCAUCUCCAUCCUGUUUAACAAGUUCUCCGACUAUUACGCCAAGCUGAAGGAACAGGAGUACACCCAGGCAAAUAUCGAGCGUACCUUCCAGCUCAAGAAACGCCUUCGACGCAAGUUUGACGGCUGUUUUGCGCCCCAGCCCGAGGAGUCUGAUGAGGAGACGCACCACCGCCCCGGUGGGAGACAAAUCCGCCCGGAGACUUCAGAUUGA